ACGGACAGAUAGGUAGAUAGCAGUUGUGUAGAUAGACAGAGACAUAGAUGAAAUACGAGUGCUGCAGUAGUUGGGAGGCAAGAAAGUAGUUGGAGUUUGUGUGUAUUAAUAACAGUAGUAAUAAAUAAAUGAUAAAUUAUUAGUAGAUGAUUAGAAUUAAACUGGGAGGAAAGGAAAUCAGGAAAGGAGAGUGAUGGCGGAGGAGGAAGAGAUGGAGAUAGAGCGGAGCAAAGUGGGAAUCAUGAAAGCGCUUCUUCAACGGGAAUUACAAGACACCCUUCUUCUCCCUGCUGCUUCUUCUUCUUCUUCUGAGGACGACGAUUCUAAGGUUAUAGAUGAUCUGAUGAUUCGCAGAUUUUUGCGAGCUCGUAAUCAUGAUAUUGAGAAGGCCACAAAUCUACUUAUAAAAUAUCUUAAAUGGAGAAAAGAAUUCGUCCCUGGUGGCUCCAUAUCUCCAUCAGAGAUCUCAAGUCAACUGGCGGACAACAAGCUCUUUAUGCAAGGAUUGGAUAAGAUGGGACGACCAGUGGUUGUUUGCUAUGGUGGCAGGCAUAAGCCGACAAAUCUAGAUGAGUUCAAGCGAUUCGUGACUUACAGUCUUGAUCAGAUAUGUUCAAGAAUGCCAAGUGGACAGGAGAAGUUUGUUUGCAUUGGAGACCUUGAAGGAUGGGGAUACUCUAGCAGCGACAUCCGGGGAUACCUAGCAGCUUUAUCUAUAUUGCAGGAUUGUUACCCAGAGAGGCUGGGCAAGCUAAUUAUAGUACAUGUUCCCUACAUAUUUAUGACUGCGUGGAAGGCGAUUUACCCGUUUAUUGACAGCAAGACAAAGAAGAAGAUAAUAUUUGUUGAUAACAAGAAGUUGACACCGACUCUUCUCGAUGAAAUUGAUGAAUGUCAACUUCCAGAGGUCUAUGGAGGCAAACUAAAAUUGGUUCCCAUCCAGGACUGUUGACAAACUAGUGGGUUGUGCUGUAAACGUCCCGUGUUGCUAGGAAGCUCAAGUUUGAAUUUUCAAGGGAUGGCCUUUCUUUUUUUUUUUUUUUUUGAUCGAAUGAUUGUCUUAUAAUGCCAUUAUAACUGUAUGAACAAAACGAUGACUGCCAAAUCAAUCUUGUUUGUGUGCUGUAGAGCUGCACAAAAGGCCCCGUCUUUCUAGAAAACUUUGGUCCGAGCCAUUAGUAAGAUCUGGAGAUGGCGGACAUUAAAUAUAAGCUAAGGCCUGGUUGAUCA